ACACUUCACCCCCAGUUGCUUUGCCAGAAGACAUGGUCAGCCUGCCAUCCUCACUGAUGGGACGUCAGAACCGUUGGCCUCUCCCCAACUGCCACCUCUCCCCGUGGCUUUCUUGGACGCUGCAGUGACCUGACCCCGGGUCACUCUCACCCAUCCCAUUCCCAGUCGCGGAAACCCCUGGCAGGUGUCUUGGGGUCUGUUUUUUUUCCUCUUGCUCUCGGGGGCCCCUGACGAAGGCUGAGUCAGACCAGCCAUUUCCCCUUGGCACCCAGAGCCGCCCAUGGGGGCCCCUCCUCGGCCGUAUCCCAUAUCCGUUCGUCAUUCCUGGGUAAGUCCGUCCCCCCUACCGUGGGGCGGGGAGCCCUGGGCAGCAGUGCUCUGGGGGAGGGGGUGGACUUUUGGCCUGUUUGGCUUAUUCCCUCCAUCUCCGCAGCCACAGCUGCCGUGGGCUGGCCUCAUUCUUCUGAGCCGCCAGGAAAAGGGGGCCCCCGAGCGAGCCAACAAGUGAGGGCAGCUGUCACCUGGGCCACCGCGCGACCUGUGGCCUGAGGAGGAGGAGGAGGAGGAAGGCAGGGGCUGCUGCAGGAUUCCGGCCCUUCCCAGCUGCCCUGAGCCCCCUUUCCGGUUCCCCACGGGCUCCUAGCCCCGUCGGGGCCCUGUGUCUGCCAUGUCCGUGGCCGUGGAGACAUUUGGCUUCUUCAUGACGGCCCUGGGGCUGUUGAUGCUGGGGGUGACCCUGACCAACAGCUACUGGCGCGUGUCCACCGUGCACGGCAACGUCAUCACCACCAACACCAUCUACGAGAACCUGUGGUACAGCUGCGCCACCGACUCGCUGGGGGUCUCCAACUGCUGGGAGUUCCCAUCCAUGCUGGCCCUAUCUGGGUAUGUCCAGGCCUGCCGCGCACUCAUGAUCACCGCCAUCGUCCUGGGCUUCCUGGGUCUCUCCCUAGGCAUGCUGGGGUUGCGCUGCACCACAAUCGGCGGCACGGACGGCUCUAAGAAAGCCAAGCUGGCGGCCAUCGCUGGUGCCCUGCACAUACUGGCCGGGCUCUGUGGCAUGGUGGCCAUCUCCUGGUAUGCAGCCAACAUCACCCAGGACUUCUUCAACCCCUUGUAUGCGGGAACCAAGUAUGAGCUGGGCCCUGCCCUCUACCUGGGCUGGAGCGCCUCCUUGCUGGCUAUCCUGGGCGGCAUCUGUCUGUGCUCCCAUUGCUGCUGCUUCUCCAGGGAGGAUCCGGACACCAGGGCCCGGCUUCCCUACAAGGCGUCCACUGCUGUGCUGCCUCAGGUUGCCUCAGAUGAAGGCGACAGCAGCUUUGGCAAAUACGGCAAAAACGCCUAUGUGUAGAAGCUCCGGCCUGCACACCCCAUUUUCCUUUCAACUCCCCCACCCAGUGAAGAGGGGUCCCCGGCCCCCAGGGCUCCAGGCUGGGGUUCAUCCUCCAACUUGGGCAGGUCCCAGCCAAGCCUGGAAGCCACGCCCCCAGCCGGAGGCACUCCCCAGUCCCAGCCCUGGCCAAGCCACUCCCACCCACACCCUCAGCGAGUCCCGCCCACACCUAAACCACUCCCACCAAGCCACGCCCCUCCGAGACCCUACCCCAAACCAGAGCCACUCCCAAGUCCCCGCCCCCAGCCAGAGCCCCGCCCCGGCCACGCCUCCUCUCCCGGCCGAAGCGGCUCCUAGGAGGGCUGUGUCCCCAGUUGUUGGUGUUAUGUGUAAAUUCGCGCAUUAAUAAAUGUAAACUGUGAUUGUAGCAGGAACUCAAGGGGUCAUGAAGAGGCCAGCCAAGCG